CUCUCAAGUAUCCUGCCCCGAGUGGGUAGGGUUCCGGCGGGGUUACAAAGUAAUCAUAUGGCGCGCAGGAGGACAACAGCAUCGUCGUGGUGUCCACUAGGAUGCUGGCCUGAGAGGGACUUUUGCGAAAUUACAAUAAUGCCACGGAGGAAUGUUUUCAGAGAACGAUAUUCGACUGUUUGUUUCCUUUUCUUUCGACUCGCAUGGAAUGGCUGAAAUAUUUUAUAGCCGGCCGAGGUUCAUUUAAGCCGACCGCACAGAUGCGGACUUCUCUCCCGUUUCCUCAUCAAAGAAACAACAACAUCUUUCCUUAACGCUUUGACCUCUGUCUCUCUCUAUCAAGCCUUCAAACCAAUCGCAUCGCAAGCAUGAAGUUCAGUCUCGCUUUCGCCGCAUUCUGCGCCCUGACCGUCCAGCAGGUCGCCGCCCACGGUGCCAUCAUCGCCUACGAGGGUGUUUCCGGAACAAAAGGUCGUGCUCUCGGUAUCGACGUGAACACCCCCCGUGACGGCAGAGGACGCAACCCUUUCCAGCAAGACACCGCCAUUAUCCGCGACCGCGAUAUUGCCUCCGGACGUGCCGGCGCAUGUGGGAGGACGUUGGGUGGUGGUAACAUCGACAUUCCCGCGGGCAUCGCCGGUCUGACCCAAGAGCUCGGCACUCUCCCGGAAGUCGCCGCCGGCCAACCCAUGACGAUCACCGUCCACCAAAUCAACGGCGACGGCGCUGGUCCUUACACUUGUGAGGUCGAUCAAACAGGAACCGGUGAAAACUUCCAGGAGGCGACGGUUACCACCAACUUGCCUGGUCGUCGUGGAAACAACCGCGCGACGUCCCUCACCGAUCAGCCUCUCGUCGUCAACAUGCCCGCCAACCUCGCGUGCACGGGUGGUGCUGCUAAAAACGUGUGCCUUGUCCGAUGCCGAAACCCCGCACGCGCCGGUCCAUUCGGUGGAUGCAUGCCUGUCCAGCAAGCCGGCGCUGUCGCCGCUCAACCCGCUGCUGCUCCCGCUCCCGCUGCCGGUGUCGAAGUCGCUGCCGCGGGCGCUGACGCUGCCGGUGUCGAAGUCGCUGCCGCGGGCGCUGACGCUGCCGGUGUUGAGGUCGCUGGUGCCGGGGUCCCCGGGGCCGGUGUCGAAGUCGCUGGUGCCGGUAUCCCUGCCGGUGUUGAAGUGGCUGGUGCCGGUUUCCCCGCCGGUACUAUCGAUAUCCCCGCCUCGGAACUCCCAGCUGCGCUGGCUUCCCGUGAAGUCGAAGAGGAGGAGGAAGACGACCACGAGGUUUUCGCCCGUGAAGCCGAAGAAGAGGACGAGGAGGAAGACGACCACGACCUGUCGGCCCGUGCCCGUGAAGCCGAGGAUGACCAUGAGGAAGAGGCCGAGGAUGCCGAUGACGACAACUCACACCCAAUCCGUUCAAAGGACCUACACUUGGGAGAUAGCUUUCGAGCCACUUCAAUCAAAUCAUUGCUCUAAGCUCCAUGCUGAUAAACGAUCGUGCCUGUCAUCACGCUUGCUUGGAGCGGCCGUUCGUGCUAGGAAACGCCGAGCCGGAUGACCCAAAAAGCCCCUGCACGAUGAAAGUACAGUAUUCGGUGUCGACCACGUCCUGGACUGGCUCACGCAACAAGGCCGACAAGCCUACGUCUGAUGACCAAGGCCACGACCAGGCCAGGACCUUCUCCUGUGUGGCUCGCCAACACCAGAUCCAGUCUCGCCGGCCACUGUCGGGAAGAG